AUGGGAUUGAAGCUUUUUGCAACCUCCGUUUUCAUUGUGCUGCUUGGCUACGUGAUCCUGGACGUUGAAGCGGGUUGUUGUUGCUGUGGAGGUUGUUGCAGAUGCUGUCAGUAUUGCUGUCCCCAGCCGCCGAUCAUAAUCCAGCCUCCUCCGGCGCUGCAUAACGUCUGCCAUGUCCCGUGUGGAGGAUGCUGCUGCUGCAAGCCGUGCUGUUGCUGUAAGCCUUGCUGUUGUUGUAAGCCGUGUUGUUGCUGUGAGUUGCUUUAAGUUUGAGUCUUUUCUAUAAUGCUGUCUGCGUAUAUAGGGGGAUAGGUUGAUGGCCAAACGUGAAUGGAAAUGUCUACAUUUUCUGUAUAGAAAAACGUAGCUUUAAAAACCUAGAUGAAGACUUUUCACAUGUUUCAGCUACUCUUGCAGUCAUGAUGUAAAAGUUCCUCCAGUUCAAAUUGCUUUCGCAGCCACCGCCUUUAAGAUUGCACUUCAUUUUACCCCUCCUCCUGUCAGUCUUGCUACCUUUUAAUGUCUGAAUAGCUCCAUUCAACACUCCUUCGAACUGUGGACGAGUCACAGCAAACAGCAACGUGAACAUUCUAAUCCAACCCUCCCUCAGCCUCUGCAAUUGCGGCUAUGGCUGUUCUCAAUCAACCAAAUGCUGCUCCCCUCAGGAACCGUGUAAGAUGUCAUACGAUGGAGAAUGCCCUUACACUUGUCAAUGCAACAGAGAUUGUUGCUGUAAUUGCAACUGCUGCAACUGUGGUUCAUGUUGUAACAGCCGAUGUGAUGAAGAGGCAGAAAUUGAAGAGAUCUCUAAUACAGACGAAAAAGAGAAACCUAAAAUGUUAAAGACGUUGCAUCGCGCGUUGAUGACAAUGUUUGGACCGCACCAUGGAGUUGGAAGAAAGAAGAAAAUUAAGAAGCUCCCUGAAGCAAAGGAAAUACCGGAAGAGCAUGUAGAGGAGACCACGGCGACGAUGGAGAUUGGAACUAUCAUAAGUACUGCUAGUACAGAUAAAGAAGAUGAAGAUAUGACGAGUACAAUAGAGCCAUUACUAGCGCUGUUAGCUGAGAAUGAGAGUACGACAAAUGACAGUGAAAAUACGACCACUUUCGAGGGAGGGAAGGAGGAAGAUACUACGAAAUCUAAUUGGAAAAAUUGAGGAGGAAUUUAUAGAAGGCAUUUUCUUUGCACUCUUAUUGUGGAUUUAAGGCUCAAAACAUGUAAAUUACGGUUCCCCAGUGCUUAAAGUAAAGCAAUAUCUGCGUUCUCUAUGUCAAUGUUGUUCAAUUUAUUCUGGUUUCUUUCUGAUUCAUUGCUUUUAAAACCGCUCUUUUAUCAUAUUUUUUUCACCAUUUUUUACUGUCAAUUUCGUUAAAUCUCUCUUCCUAUCUUCGCACAUAUCCAAAUCCUUACCAAUUCACCUCGUAUUUUACUGACCUUUCUGCAUUCACUUCAGGUCCUUGUUGUUGUGGCGGCCGUCGCAAGCGUUCAGAGCCUCUGGAGCGCCGAAAAAUCGCAAAACUUUCUCGCCGCUGCGCCGAGGGAAAGUUCAAGUUCCCUGAGCCAUUGGCCGAUGAUACUGCGGCCAAAAACUCGACUGUAAUUGUGCCUUCUCGAGCUCUACGAUCCGUAAAUAAGAAGACGAGAAAGGCCGAGAAAUGUGUUUGUUAA